AUGAUCAAGGAACUUUAUCAACCGGUAGAACCACAAUCCCACCAACCGUGCUUCGUUCCGGCAUCGGCAAUGGUAAGCAGCAAUUCGUCGGCAAGCGCUGCCGCAGGUAAAGCGGUAAUGCUAUCCGCCGAAAAGUGGAACAAACUGCUGGCGAACGCCAGUGCGAGCCGUAUUCGACCUCAGACGGCCAUUGCUGCGGAUGGAAAAUCGCUCGCCCAGAAGGAAGCUGAGUUUAAGGAGCACAUUCGAAACGAAUCGCAGGCCAUGACCAAGCAAUGGGAGAACACCGUACAAAACAUACGGCAAAAGAAGGAAUCUGAACGUCUCCGUAAGCAACGUGAAAAGGUGGAAGAGGAUGAAAAACAUUACCGCGAGCUUAAAGCUGCGGACGAAGUGAAGCGCAAAGAACUGAUUCAGAAAGCCGAAGAGAUGAUCCAGAAGGAAAAGGAAGGUCCCCGGGUGUUGGAAAGUGCAGCGAAAUUUGGCGAGGUUCUGAAAGCCCGUGAACAUCAGCGUAAAUUCAAGGCCGAACAGGAGGCACAGCAGGAGCUGCGUCGCCAGCAGCUUGAUCAGCAGGACAUAGCUCAGGCGAACCGCUGGAUUAAGUCCCAGGUGGAACGACAAAUGGAGGAUCGCAAGAGGUUUGAUAAUUACAAGAAGGAACUUAAGGAAAAGAUUUUGACGGAUAGAGAAGAACAAACGCAGGCUCGAAAUUUUAUAAUAGAACAGGAACGUAAGCAACAUGAGGCUUUGGAAGAGGAAGUUCGGUACCAGGUAGAGAAGGAAAGGAAGCUACUAGAAAGAAAUAAAGAAAUGAGGCGCCAGCACGCGCUGGAAGCAAUGAGAAUGGCACAGGAACGCGAGCAAAGGUUGAAGCAGGAAUCGGAGAUCGAGAAUACGUUAAUUCAGAUUUAUAACAAUGGUCAAAAAGCUAUUGCGGAUAAACGAAAGGAAAUUCAUGUGAACAAGCACAAAUUUCGUGACAAUACUCAUCUUCUUCAGGGACGUAUUGAGUUGGAAAAAGAGCGUCUUGAACAAGAGGAGAAAAAUCGCGAAAAGGCGAUCGAAGAAAAGAAGCUAAGCGAUGAAAUGAAAGAACGUGCUCGUAUUGAUGCGGAGAAACAGUGUAAGGCCGCUAGAAUACAGGCACACGUUGAGGAAAUAAAUUGGCAAAAGCAGAAGGAGGUAGAGCAAAAGGCGUUAGAGCGUAAAGAUAUAGCGGACCGAGAAAAGAACGUUCACGUAACUUUUGCAUUCGAACGCAACAGGGUAGUAGAUAGAACUACUAGGACUCAUGCCCAACGCAGACUUUUGCUAGAUCAAAUAGAUGAACGCGAGGCUCGUAUGAAGUCAGAAGCCGAUACCCGCGCAGAGCUUCAGUACAUGAGAAACAGCGCAGAAAAGGAGAACCGGCAUUUCUUGAAGUAUGCCGAUGAGCUUGUGAAUGAUUCGAAAGCUAAAGGCAGACCUGUACUUCCGCUCUUGAAAACUGUAGAAAAUUACAGACGGGAGCAUUACUUCGACUUCAGAGAGAAGGAAUUUACACCGAGGCAUCUUGUGUCACGUGUUCCAAUCAACAACAAACUUGUCGAGCAGCAGCAAUACCAAAAUGGUUUCCAGGAUCCCGCUAUUAUUGAGAUGACUCCGGCUAUGCCGCCAAUCCGAGUUCGGUACGAUCCGGAGCAGUUGAAAAACAUGAAUCCCUACAAGAGUUACAAAAUGUGA